AUGCGCUUCACUAUAGGUUUAGUGGCAUUUUUGAUAUUCAUUGGUAAACAAGCGGGCCAAACGGCUCGCAUAUUGUCUAUAUUUGGUUUUGAAGGUCCAGCACAAUAUGCAUUUCUUGAACCGCUUCUACUUAAGUUGGCUGAGCGUGGCCAUUCUGUAACGUCCAUUACAAAUUUUCCACAAACUGCAGAGGUAAAAAAUUUGCGUUCGAUUGCAAUAGAAGAGAAUUUUAAGUUCAAUAGAAGUAAGUUGCACAAUGUAACUCGUGGAAUAAGUAAAGAAAUUGGUUUGGACCAUUUCAAUACCACGGGCGCAAUGUUUAAUCUUGGAUUUCAAAUGUGUGACAAUAUUCUCCACAAUGCUUUAAUACGAGAUCUGAUGGAAAGCGAAUCAUUCGAUUUGGUUUUGUGGAAUUCAAUGUUCUCCGAAUCGCUAUAUGGACUAGCUCAACAUUUUAAUGCACCAAUUGUGGGCAUUUCCACCAUCGGGUCAAGUUCCCCUCUAGAUAGUCUAUUUCGAAACUCUGCACCUCUCUCGUAUGUGCCGAGUCUAAUGAUGGCCCAUCGUUACGAUGAAAAUAUGAGCUUUUUGGAGAGAUCUUUAAAUGUGGUGCUGUGUGUGCUUGCCACAGUGUUUCAUGAUUACGAAUUUAUGCCAAUGAACAAGAAAUAUUAUCAAUCUCGUUUUCCAAAUGCCACUAAAACUGUGGAACAGGUGCAAAAGAAUAUAUCAUUGGUUCUAUUGAAUGAUCAUCACACCAUAAGUACACCCAAGCCGUACGUACCAAAUAUGAUUGAAGUUGCCGGGUUACAUAUUCCCGAGGUACCGGAACCCUUGCCCAUAGACAUUCUGACAAUGCUUCAAACCCAAGGAGGUUUCAUAUAUGUUGCCUUGGCCGAACAUUUCCCAGAUAAUGUGAUGCAGAUUGUUUUGAAUCAAUUUGGCAUGAUGAAACCCAUGAUAUUAUGGAAUACCCCGCAAUAUCCAUCCGCAGUAUUGCGCGUACCCGGCAAUGUAUAUUUCUUUAGGAAUUUAUCGCACCACGGUAUUCUCAGCCAUCCAAAUUGUAAAUUACUUAUAUCUCACGGUAGUUACUUAAGUGUUGUCGAAAGUAUUCACUAUGGCAUACCGAUUUUGGGUCUAAAAAGUUCUCACAUUGCAACUGGUGAAAUGUUUAAUUUUGUGGAAAAAAUCCGUACUGGAAUUUCAUUGAAAAUUUCAGCAAAAUCAUUGCAUGACCAAGAAAUCUAUAAGGCCAUAGUUGAACUUGUGCAAAAUGAAAAAUAUAUGAAAUUGGCAAAACUAAAAUCAUUUCAAUUCCGUGACAGACAGACUACACCAAUGCAGACGGCAAUUUAUUGGAUAGAAUAUGUUUUGAGGCAUAGCGGAGCCCCACAUCUCGUCCAUUUGGGGCACAAUCUGAAUACGUGGCAAUUUUAUAAUAUCGAUGUUAUCAUGUUUUUCGUCAUAACGCUGUUUGUGAGCCUGUUGCAACAACCGACAACUGUUUAG